UUGGAUAGCGUGGUUAUUCAUACAUACAUAUACAUUUUUGUGCAAACGCUUCAAGUGUGCUGUUAUCUCUAGAUACGCAUAUCCAUCGUGCUAGAUACGUACUAGAUAUGCAACAUUUUCCACAUUGAACAUCUACCAUUACGAAUGAGGCGCGUAUCGAAGACAUCUGCGAUACACACCUCGCGAUAUUCGUCGUUCGCGGCGCGUUCAUGGACCCCCAACUUCGAUGGACCUGAUGACGCCAUGAUCCAUGUCGCAGUUGGACCAUAGUCGGAUCCGCCAGGCCCCUCAAUUAUGAGUGUCAUUGGCCGCGAGUCCUGCCUUUGGUCAUAAGUACAGCUGUGACUCGUUUAAUUCGGUAAUUGGCCUCAUCCUGGUAAAAUCAAACACGGAUCUCGAAGCACGCGCGCGCACGCGAUUGCAAUCGUGCGGUAGAGAUAAACGGCCUUUAUGUAUGAGGAGGUGAAUAAAAAUGCCCGCACCACCACCUCCACCACCACCUCUGCAAUUCAACUCCUCUGGCCCACCAGCAGGAGACAACAGAAGUAUGCUGUUGCAAUCUAUAAGAGCAGGCAAAACUUUGAAGAAAACUGUUACUGUGGAUAAAAGUGUACCUGCUGUUACUGGAAGAAUAAAAGGAGAAUCAAUCAGUCCUUCGUUUAGUAAUAAUAAUGGAAAUAAUAGUUCCAGUACAGUAAGCAGUAGUGGUUACUCCAAUAAUGGAGGGCCCAUGCAACUUGGUGGUUUAUUCGCAAGUGGUAUGCCAAAAUUAAAACCUGUUGGAUCUAGAGGCAAUACAACAGAGAAGAAUGGGCAUAAUAUAAAUAAUCCUAGUUUUCUUCACUCAUCACCUGGAUCGUCUCACAGCAUAAAACGUGGUCCACCUCCAGUCCCACCGCCGGCAACGCAGAAACCACAAGUAUACAGUCAGCAAAGUCAGAGUACCACUGAUUCCGCGAUGACCAACUCGGAUAUCAUGCCUAGAGGAUUCGCAAAAUCAGUUAUUGUGCCUAAACCAGCAGCAUCUCCCUCUUUACAAAAACCGUCACCGCCGCCUAAGAAGUUGAAUCUAACGAGCAGCGCGAGCGUGUCGCGGGCACAGAGCAUGAGACUGCCACGUUCGUCACCGGUCUUGGUGCCGACGCCAUCAUCCUUGCACCAGUCACAGGACUGUUUAAAUGAGACGGCGCAUCCGACGAGAAUCACGGUGAAUCGAGUUCUAAGGCCGCCCGUGGCCAGACCCCCGUCUCCGCCGACUUCACGAUUGAAUACCAUGCCUACGACCGCCACGAGAGCGGCACCGCCGCCACCGUCAAGAGUCGCGGUUACUGCGCCGUGUAUACCGCCACCACCGCCUCCGCUUCCGCAUCGGCCCGCACUCAUGCAUCAGAGAUUGGCACCACCACCCCCGCCACCACCGACUCCACCCACUAGGAGUUUGUCGGUACGCAACGGUCAAUCGACGGCGAGUUCCGUCGACCUGGAGAUGCGUUUCUCAGAUAUGUUUCACACUGUAUCAAAUUUCCCGCCGCCGGAGCCAUUUAAGGGUUUUAUUAAAGUCUACAGCAGCAGGAACGCAGCAAAGCAACAAGCUCCAGCUCCACCUCUUCAAUCAUCUUCUACCCCUAAUACACUGCACUCGUUAAAUACUUCGUCUGGAAGUAAACAGUGGCAACAUAAUGCGACCUCUUUGGCAUAUUGAAAAGCUUCUGUGUAUACUUAAAUCAUUGCUUCAUGCAUUGAUUAUAAAAAAAAUAUAUAUAUUAUAUAUAUGUAUAUGUAUAUAUAUAUAUAUAUAUAUAACCUCGAUGCUGCCACAAUAAAAUGUUAAAUUAAGUGAGCAGGGAAAGGAUGGAUUGCAAAGUAUAAAUAUUAGAGUGUGUGAGAGAAAUAUCCUGAGUUCGUGAGCUCAGUUUUACAAUAAAAUGUUUUAGACAAUAUUUUCUGUACAGUUUAUCUUAGGAAAAUCUAUUUAAUAUAGAUUAUACUUAUAUAUAAGAAAAAGAAAAAUCGUUAGAAAUUUUAGGCCUGUUAUUAUCUAAUAGAAAUGUAAAGGAUUAAAAUGAAAGGCACAUUUACUCCAGUUGAAAAAAAAAACAUAAUUAUUUAGUUUUCUUAAUCAUUGUAUUAUAUCUUUCUUACACUUCUAUAAAAUUAACUGAAAUCACGCCAAAAAUCAUUAAUUCAUGACCCAUUAUAUCAAUGUAUAAUGAUUCAUCAGAUUAUUGAUAAUUACUCAUUUAGAUGUGCAAAGGCCAAAAUGUAGAAUUGUUGUAACUUAUUUUUCAAUAUUAAUAAACAAUUGCAGCAGCGAAUCAUUGGUUUAAAAAUAAUUGUUACAUGUUAUUGUAUAAUAGGAAAUGC